AUGGCUAGACAACCUCUCAUGCUUGGGCUGACGCUCAUUGCUUUCUGGGCCUUCCUCUGCAACGGUCUUGACCUCUACCGCGCAGAUUCCAGAAACUACGCCACCAUCCAGGCUUCCAAGGGCUUCUUGCCAAAGGGCCAAUCCACCUUUGGCGUCGCCGCCCCAGACACCAGCUUGUGGAACCAUGUCAAAGGAGCCCCCAGCGGCGCCAGUAAGGACGAGGACGGCUACGUCUCCACGACCUCGGACCCCAAGCUGGCUGAGAGCUGGGUCAGCCGCUUCCUAGGCGGCAACGGCUUCAUCUAUCGCAUCCACUCGGCUCCCAACAUGAUUGACUGCCAGGCCACCCUCCAAAAGUACAACCCGUACCCCGAAGAGGCUGAGUUCGCCGCCCUCGGAGGCAUCAAGGACAACCAGAUCAUCGGCUGGACCCCCGUCCGCGGCGGCGUCAAGGGCAAGGAGGAGCUGAACCCCUUUUACCAGGGCAACAUCUACAGCAACAUGGGCACCGGCGGCGCGCAGUACAAGCUCGCCGCCUUCCCGCCCAACCACCAGGCCUGGGGCGAGGCCCCUUGGUCGCAAUUCGCUUCGUGCACGCGCAGACGCUCCGCCAGGGACCUCUUCCAGAUCGAGAAGCGGGCUUGCUCCGCGUCCAAGAGCAACGUCGACUACGCCAAGGAGUACCUCGACCGUUACAUCAGCGUGGUGCUUGCUGCAUUCAUGAUCAGUUUCAUGACGGGAGGCUUGCAGUUCGGCUUCGGCAUCUACCAGGCGCACUACGAGACGAUGGCUCUACAAGACAACACCCCAUUCACCGGUGCUACGGCCGCCCGGCUCGAUCUCAUCGGAACCCUCGCGAUCUCAAUGAUGACCAUAUGCGCACCUGUCGUCGUGGCAUGGUCGAAAACAAUUGGCCCCCAGAAAGUUAUGUGUGCAGGCGGCCUGCUUGUGGGGGUGGCCAAUAUCCUGGCAAGCUUCGGUCGGGAGCUGUGGCACUACCAGAUCACGCAGGGGUUCCUGAUGGGCGUGGGAUCCUGCCUCUCCUUCGUGCCCUCAAUGGUCGUCGUACCGACUUGGUUUGAUAAGCAUAGGGCACUGGCCAUGGGCAUCGUCUCUGCGGGAAGCGGUGUUGGCGGUCUGGUAUGGGCCCCGGUGCUCGUGGCUUGUAUCGAGAAGCUGGGUUACCAAAACACUCUUCGCAUGACUGGUGCCCUCGGUGCUGCGGUUGUUUGCACAGGUGGAGCAGUCCUCACAUGGGAACCUGCAAUGGCGGCCAAGAUACAAAGUGAGAAUGCGACGACGUCUAGACUGAAGAAGAUGUUCAAGGUUCCGCUGCCUCCCUUGAAGACUGUCAGGCAACGAAAGUUCAUUGCGCAGAGUCUCAGCAUGUUCUGCCAGAGCGCGGCGUACUACACACCGGCGUUCUUCUUUGCGUCGUACGCCAAGACCUUGGGAUACUCUGACAGCGAUGGUGCCAAUCUGACUGCCGUCAACAACGCCUGCAACGCCGUGGGAAAGAUUGCCAUUGGGCUCGUGGCAGAUCGCAUCGGAAGGCUCAACGCGUUGUUUCUCACGACUGUGAUCUGUGCCGCCGUUACUCUUGGGCUAUGGGUUCCUAGCAUAGCCAUAGGAAUGAGCCACGAGUCUGUAGCAAGGUCACUGCUUAUCAGCUUUACAGUCCUGUACGGCAUUUUCGCGAGCGCAUAUGUCAGCCUGUUCCCACCAGCUCUGGUUGAGCUGUUCGGUAUGAAAUUGAUGCCGCAGGUUACGGGGAUUAUGUACAUGAUCAUGGGAGUUGCUUCCAUGAUUGGUACGCCAGUAGCUGGUGCCCUGGUCAGGGGGCACGGCGAGAUCAAGGAAUCGGGUGACUACAUGGGAAUGGGUAUUAUGGUGGGCACUUUAAUGGCUGCAGCAGCCAUCUUUGUGGCUUGGAUGAGAUUAGAGGCGACUGCAGACCGAGCUCAAGGGGGGAGGAAAUGGGUCUGGAAGCUGUAG